AAAACCUAAAAGGCAUCCAUAACGAACAAACAAAAUGAACCAACCAGUGUUAAUAUGAAGGAGAAAAAGGCUCCUGGGUGCGAACCCGCGAGUUGGGUUCCUCGCGAACCCAACGAGGUGCGAACCCAGGCUCCAGAGCUGGGUUUGCACACCCAGGAGCCUGGGUUCCUCGCGAACCCAGGCUCCAGAGUUGGGUUCGCACACCCAGGAGCCUGGGUUCCUCGCGAACCUAGCUCGUGGGUUUGCGAGGUGCGAACCCAGCUCUUAGGUUCACGAGGUACGAACCCAGGCUCCUGGGUGCGAACCCACGAGCUGGGUUCGCACACCCAGGAGCCUGGGUUCCUCGUGAACCCAGCUCGUGGGUUCGCGAGGUGCGAACCCAAGCUCCAGAGCUAGGUGGAUAAGCUGGCAACCUCUAAACUACCCCUUUACUAAGUUGAAUGCAAAUGGUUCUAUGGCACAUACUACGAUAUAAGCCAUUGUUGAUGAUUGUUGAUGGAUGUUUUUUUUGUAAAAGGUUAAAUUUGAAUUCAGGUAGACUUCACAUCAUUAAGAUCCACAUUGAUCUCAAUGCUAAGCCAUACUAUUUUGCUCUAUUACAUUGGUCAUCAUUAGCUCUAUUACAUUGCUAUAAAUGAAAUGAGCUUAA